GUCUCGGUGCUCUAUUUCGCCAGGAGCGCGGAGCUGGCGGGGCUGCGCUGCGAGGCCCUCUCGGUGCCGCGGCAGAUCACCGCUCUGCAGCUCUGGGAGGAGAUCGUCAAGGUUCACCCAAGGCUUGCUGUCAUCCGGGAUCAAGUAGUGUUUGCUGUUCGGCAAGAGUACGUCCUUCUUGGAGAUCAGCUCCUGGUCCUGCAGCCUGGAGACGAGGUUGCCAUCAUCCCACCAAUUAGUGGUGGCUGA